AUUUCCUGUUUGAAAGUGACUCUUAUAAAUACCAGCAUGCUACUUUUUCUUCUAUUUUCCUGCUGUGAGUCUUGUCAGUGUUCAGGAUGGCAGAAACGUUCGUGCGACACGUAGAGCUUUUGGGCUUUGAGAAAAGGUUCUAUCCAAGCCAGCAUUAUGUGUACAUGAUCAUGGUGAAAUGGAGCGACCAGUCGGAGAAACUGAUCUACAGAAAAUACCCAGAAAUCCAUACUUUCCAUAAAGCUCUGAAGGAGAUGUUCCCGAUCGAGGCAGGUGACAUUGAUCCUAAAGAUCGUAUCCUUCCUAAAUUGCCAGCUCCAAAAUGGCUUGAUAGCCAGAAGUCAACUGAGACUAGACAGGAAACUCUGACAGAAUACUUUCAGUCUCUGCUCAAUCUGCCUUCAAAGAUCACCCACUGUCAGCUAGUCAGAAACUUCUUUAAAGUACGGCCAGAUGAUGAGAGUCCACCAGCUCCACAUCCAUAUAAGCGGAACGAGACCUUUGUCACGUCCAGGGAUAGAGCAAGGACUGCCACCUCUGAAAUCACAGGUCCAAUCAUGCUGGAAACCUAUAGAGUGAUUGCAGAUUACAGCAAAACCACAAAAUAUGAGCUCAACCUGAAGGCAGGAGAUUCAGUGGACAUUGUGGAGAAGAGUUCCAAUGGUUGGUGGUUCUGUCAGUGUGAAACACAUAGAGGAUGGGCUCCAGCCUCCUAUCUAGAACCACUAGAUGGACCUGAUGAGUCUGAGGAGCCGGAACCCAACUAUGCAGGAGAGCUGUACAAAACCACAAAAGCCUACAAAGCGGUGGAGGACGAUGAGAUCAGCCUGGAGGUUGGAGAAACCAUUGAGGUCAUCCAUAAGCUUCUUGAUGGCUGGUGGGUGGUCAGGAAAGGAGAGGAGACAGGCUACUAUCCCUCCAUGUUCCUUUGGAGUACCGGGGAAAGGAAGGAAGUAGAGGCUGAAAGGAGCAGUGUGAACAGGAACACCCCACCACCCAGGAGAUCGACUAUACGCAACGCCCAGAGCAUCCAUGCCAAAGGUCGCCAACGAAUCAGCCAGGACUCAUAUCGCAGACAGAGUCGCAAAUUCUUACAGCAGCGAGGAAGACUCGUGUCCCAGCCGAGGAAAAACUCCAAAUCCACAGUGGAGGAAAGUCCGGAAGACACUGCAAAAGAAGCUCCCAACAAAGAAGAGGUAAAGAAAACCCCGGCCAUUCCUCCUAGGCCUAGCCAGGAGCUCAUUAUGGAGCGCUGCACGGAGAAUACACGCAAAAGAAUCAGCAUCCACGCCAACUGAGGUAGACCCGACACCAACCUAAACGCUCAGCACUGCACCAGAAUGAAGAACGCCCAGCUUGAUUCGGUCAUUAUUGCAGCAAUUGCAUGAAAUCUUUCAUCGAAACUUGAAUGGCAUGAAACAGUAGGACAGGCAUAGUUUCAUUUCUCUGUUCAAGCACAUCUGAUUUAUAUUCCACAUUUGUCAAUGUCACAGCAGGCCUGGCAGCUUAAGAAAUGUUAGCAAAGCCCACUUCUUCACUUCUGUGCUCUAUCUCUGUAACCAAAGAGGAUCGUAGCAGUUUUAAGCACUGUGUAAGAAUGUUAUAUGACUGUAUAUGUAGUUUUCAAUAAGCUAUAGUGUUGUUUUUGUUUAUUAUACUUUAAGAAAAACAGAUAAAUUAAUAAAAAAAAAAUACAAA